AUGGCAAAUUUUACCGAAGACUUGUUUGACGUUUUUGAUGAACACGGAGACGAUGCAGAGAUAUCAGACAUUUCUAAAAAAAUCGAGCCAGAACUGAGGAUAAAGCGACAACUUGACACGGAUGAUGACAAGUCAACCAUUAAAAAAUUGCGACAUGAAUCCAUUGUGGAUGAUAUCAAUAUAGAAGAAAUAGCGUGUCGUAUAAAAGUGAACAGUAUAGAAACCAUGGAAUCUUGUACGCACGAGAUUGCUAUCCCUCCAGAUCAAGAAUAUGUACCAUUGGAACGUCAAAACCAAAUGGCCAAAGAGUUUAAAUUUAUACUUGAUCCAUUUCAAAAAGAGGCAAUUUUAUGUAUUGAUAACAAUCAGUCAGUUCUCGUCUCCGCACACACGUCAGCUGGUAAAACCGUCGUGGCUGAAUAUGCAAUAGCAUGUUCACUUAGGGAUAAACAGAGAGUAAUAUAUACUACUCCAAUCAAAGCGUUGAGUAAUCAGAAGUAUAGAGAAUUUUACGAGGAAUUUAAGGAUGUUGGUUUAAUAACAGGCGAUGUUACUAUAAAUCCAACUGCAAGUGUGCUAAUCAUGACUACUGAAAUUUUGCGAAAUAUGCUGUAUAGAGGUUCAGAGAUAAUGCGUGAAGUUGGAUGGGUGAUUUUUGACGAGAUUCAUUACAUGCGUGAUAAAGAGAGAGGCGUAGUUUGGGAGGAAACACUUAUAUUGUUGCCGGACAAUGUGCACUAUGUAUUUCUUUCCGCUACUAUACCAAACGCGCGACAAUUCGCAGAGUGGGUGGUACAUUUACACAAACAACCUUGCCAUGUAGUGUCUACAGACUACAGACCUACACCGUUGCAACAUUAUAUAUUUCCAGUUGGUGGCGAUGGUAUACAUUUGGUUGUAGAUGAGACAGGUCAAUUCAAAGAGGACAAUUUUAACCGAGCCAUGGCAUGCCUGCAGAAUAUGGGCGAUGCGGCUAAAGGUGACACGAAAGGACGCAAGGGUGGUCUACGCGCCUCGAACAGCGGGCAAUCAAACAUCUUUAAGAUGGUAAAAAUGAUCAUGGAAAGAAACUUCGCACCUGUGAUAAUUUUCAGCUUUUCGAAAAAAGACUGCGAGGUUUACGCAAUGCAAAUGACCAAACUGGAUCUGAACACACUAGCGGAGAAGAAACUAGUGGAUGAAGUUUUUAACAAUGCGAUAGAUGUUCUCAGCGAUGCGGACAAACAGUUACCGCAAGUCAUGAAUUUGUUGCCGCUUUUGCGGCGUGGAAUAGGGAUCCAUCACGGUGGACUCUUGCCGAUCUUAAAGGAGACAGUCGAAAUAUUAUUUGGCGAAGGUCUGAUCAAAGCGCUUUUCGCCACUGAAACAUUCGCGAUGGGUUUAAACAUGCCGGCACGGACAGUCUUGUUCACGGCGCCUCGUAAAUUCGAUGGCAAGGACUUUCGUUGGAUCACGUCGGGUGAAUACAUUCAGAUGUCCGGUCGCGCCGGCAGAAGAGGUCUUGAUGACAAAGGAAUCGUCAUAUUGAUGAUAGACGAGCAAGUUAGCCCCAUGGUUGGUAAAGCUAUCGUUCAGGGGAAGCCAGAUCCGAUAAACUCUGCGUUUCACUUGACCUACAAUAUGGUUCUUAAUCUUCUCCGAGUGGAAGACAUUAAUCCAGAAUACAUGUUGGAGAGAAGCUUCUUCCAGUUUCAGAAUCAAGCUGGUAUUCCAGUUUUGUACAAUAAGGUAAAAGAAUUAUGUAGUGCUUACAACACCGUGAAUGUGGAUAGGUACGAUGAAAUUUCUUCUUAUCAUGACAUACGUGAACAACUCAAUCGACUGAGCGCAGAGUUUCAAUCAUUUCUAACGCAACCAGAGUACUUAGUCCCAUUUUUACAACCUGGAAGAUUAGUAAAAGUAAAAAAUGGAAAUGAAACGUUUGAUUGGGGCAUUAUAGUGAAUUUUAAGAAGAAAAAUCCAAAAAAUCCAGUAAAAGGCACGACUGUUAUUAUUAUUGACAUUUUACUUCAUUUAUCGAAAGAGUCUAAAGAAGGCAAUCCAAUUCCAUGUCGCGAUGAUAGAGAAGGCGAGAUGGAAGUAGUUCCAGUUUCACAUAAUUUAAUUUCACAAAUUAGUUCACUGAGAGUGUAUUAUCCAAAAGAUCUUAGACCGCCUGAUAAUAGGAAGAGUGUUCUGAAGUCGAUACGGGAAGUGAAAAAAAGAUUCCCGGAUGGUCCACCGUUACUCAAUCCUAUUACAGAUAUGCAUAUAGAAGAUCAGGCUUUUAAAGAUAUUGUAAAGAAAAUUGAAGCGUUAGAGAAAAGAUUAUAUGCACAUUCUUUGCAUAAGGAUCCCAAUGUAAAUGUAUUAUACGAACAAUUUUUGCACAAAGAAGAAUUAGCUACGCAACUUAAACAAGCUAAGGAAGAGUUUAAACAGGCUAAAUCAAUACUUCAGAUGGACGAGCUCAAAUGUAGGAAGCGAGUUUUAAGGAGGAUGGCAUAUUGCACGUCGGCAGAUGUUAUAGAAUUGAAAGGACGUGUAGCCUGCGAACUGAACGGUGCCGAUGAGUUAUUAAUGACUGAAAUGAUCUUUAAUGGUCUCUUUAAUGCCUUGAGCGUACCACAGAUGGUAGCUUUGAUCAGUUGUUUCAUAUGCGACGAAAAAUCAAACGAGAUGCCUAAAAGUACAGAAGAAUUAAGCGGCCCGCUCAGACAGAUGCAAGACUUGGCUCGGAGAAUAGCGAAGGUCUCGACGGAAGCCAAUCUAGAAUUGGAUGAAGAUGCGUAUGUCGACAGAUUUAAACCGUAUUUAAUGGACGUUAUAUACUCUUGGUGUAAAGGUGCAAAUUUCUUACAAAUUUGCAAAAUGACGGAUAUAUUUGAAGGAUCUAUUAUCAGGUGUAUGCGACGUUUAGAAGAGGUACUUCGACAAUUGUGCCAAGCUGCAAAAAAUAUCGGUAAUACAGAUCUAGAAAAUAAAUUCAGCGAAGCGAUCAAACUUAUAAAACGGGACAUUGUGUUUGCUGCAUCCUUAUAUUUAUAAUGCAGGAAAGAAGAAUAAACUAGUUUCAUAAAGUAA